AAGGCUAAUAGACUUCCCAGAAACACAGAAGAAAGAGCGUACUUGGUACUUGCAGCGUCGCAAGGUAGCGGCGGCGGCGACGGAGGCCAAUCUCAACCAAUUUCCGAUUACUGCAUUCGUCUAGUCAACAAGGGCUUUGUUCUGAUCAACUUCCAGACUUGAUGGCGUCAAAGUUGCGGCAGUUGCAGUCCAAAGCAUGUCAAGCAUCCCAAUUUGUAACCAAGCAUGGAACUGUUUACUACAAGCAGUUGUUGGAGGAGAACAAGCAAUACAUUCAGGAGCCUCCUACAGUAGAGAAAUGCAACCUAUUGGCGAAGCAAUUGUUUUACACCCGCCUUGCUAGUAUUCCGGGUCGUUAUGAGUCCUUCUGGAAGGAACUUGAUCAUGCCAAGCAUUCAUGGAAAAAUAGGCAAGAGUUGAAGGUUGAAGAUGUAGGUAGCGCUGCUUUGUUUGGCCUGGAGUGCUUUGCAUGGUUUUGUGCUGGUGAGAUUGUUGGAAGGGGAUUUACUUUCACCGGUUAUAAUGUCUGACAAUAACCACUUGAAAGUGUAGGUUUUAGCAGGGCUAUAUACUCCUAAAGCCAUCUGCUCUGGUCAUUUAUACAUUUUAUGGAUUAUGGGCAUUCUGCAAAGCAAUUUGUGUUAUUCUGAAUUUUUUUUGGGAAAAAAGUUGAGAAACUAGUGGCUAUGACAAGCCUCAAUAACCCCUUGUAUUUGAAGCGGGACGGACAUUGUGUUGUUCUCUUGUCAUGUUGGAAAGUUAGUGGUGGUACUCGACAAUGAACAUGCCCCUGCAAUGUUUUUAGUAUUUUU